GUUUGAUCAGAUUAUAGUGUGAGAUCGGCAAAGUACACCGCUCAAUGGAUCUAGGCAAUCCGAUGCUAUGUCCAACCCGGGAUUGAGUUCGAUAGUAGCACGGUUAAGGACAUAUCUUACAUGUUAAUGUUGUACGUUUGGAAACGUCCAAGUCGGUUUUCCCCGAUUGAAUAUGAUCAUCGAAAUUUAUUGGGUAAUAAAUUUGCGUUGCUAUCCUCUCCUAGGUAUAUAAAACACAGCAUUCCCAUUCUCAAGACCCCCCCACAUAGCAUAACUUCAAAAAGAAAUAGAAGCUAUCACUCCAAUUCAAACAACGAAAUGAAAUACACUCUGUUCUUCGCUUCCGCCUUGGCGACUUUGGCCACUGCCAUGCCAACAACACCAAACAUAGCCGCCCGCGAUCCAUUUACAGGUUACCGACCACUCACCUUAACCCUCCACGGCGGCCCAUCAACAUACACACUUAACAUGGUGGCAGAUGGAAACACCUACUACACAAGUAUCAAUUCACUCUCACCUCACAGUCCCGAAAAAACUAACAGCAACCCAGACAACAACCUCAACGUAAACAACAUUGAAGUCGCAGAAAAUUUCAAUCUCUGGGGUCUCUGCAACUUCUACACAACCGGCCCAAUACGAAUUUCACCACCACCAUCCGGCUCAGGAAAGACUGUGCAACUCGGUCCUCCUCAACCAAUAACCGCAGUCGCUUGCCAACCAACACCUAAUCCACCAGGAACCUGUCUCCCGGUCUAUGCUUCGUGUGAGUGGUGUGGUGGUGGAAUCAGAGGCUGUAUGCUUUCAUCAUGCUGUACCGGUUUCUGUGCCGCUACGAAAUGUCGACCUUUUCCUCCAACCCAAACCUAAGGAAAGGGUCCUUGAAGAAACUUCUCAUCAGGAUUCAUGGGUGCGGAAUAUAGAUUUGAGGAAAUAAGGAGCUUUGAGAUGGUAGAUCGUGGGAUAGAGUAAUGAUAAGAUUCUUGACAGUACUCGAAUAUCUCAAUACUAUGCAUAACACUUUACUAGCAACCUUUAUCCCCCCGCUUCCCCCCAAAGUUUUUAUUCCUCUUUACCCGCCAACCAAUCCCUCAU